UCACCAGUCCGUCCAUUCAGAACUCCAUUCGGCCAGAGAGCAUUUCUGUGACCAGCUGCUAUUGUGUACAUCAGUGCCGUAGUUACAGCCAAAUUGCGUGUCGCACAUGGUGGUAUUGGCGGACACUGGCUAGACUGCAGCUCAUAGAGGUCGGUGCGAGGUCGAGACUGGCUGCUACUAGGAGCCUGGUCCCCGGUGCUCUCUGGUGGAUUAGAGGACUCCCCGAGACACCUAUUGCCAGAAAAAUCGACUUUUGUCCUUGGACCGUCCAAAUUGGACCUAAACCAUUACGCUUAUUAUAGCCAGCGGUUUCCGCGAGAUUUCUUGGUCAGAGCUCCGCCUUUCGCCGUCUGACCAUGUCGGACCCCACGAGAGCGCCAACAGCCAUUCUCGAUGAGUUUCCCUCACAUGAGGAAGCUGUGAAGCAGCAGGACCACUCGUACCUCAACCAAGCAGUGGCGGAGGCGUACGAGGGCGUGAAGGUGGGCGACGGGGGGCCGUUUGGAGCGGUGGUGGUGCGAGAGGGGGAGGUGGUGGCAGCGUGCCACAACAUGGUGCUGCGGAAUACCGACCCCACGGCACAUGCUGAAGUGACGGCGGUUAGAGAGUGUGAGCUGUUUUUGGAGAGGAGGAGGAGGAGGAGGAGGAGGAGGAGGAGGAGGAGGAGGAGGAGGAGGAGGAGGAGGAGGAGGAGGAGGAGGAGGAGGAGGAGGAGGAGGGAGGAGGAGGAGGAGGAGGAGGAGGAGGAGGAGGAGGAGGAGGAGGAGGAGGAGGAGGAGGAGGAGGAGGAGGAGGAGGAGGGAGGAGGAGGAGGAGGAGGAGGAGGAGGAGGAGGAGGAGGAGGAGGAGGAGGAGGAGGAGGAGGAGGAGGAGGAGGAGGAGGAGGAGGAGGAGGAGGAGGAGGAGGAGGAGGAGGGAGGAGGAGGAGGAGGAGGAGGAGGAGGAGGUGGUGGUGGCAGCAUGCUACAGCAUGGUGCUCUGUCAGGGAGGCGUGCAGGAAGCUAGGUCGCUACGACCUGUCGGACUGUGAGCUGUAUGCGUCGUGCGAGCCCUGCCCCAUGUGCUUCGGAGCCAUCCACCUCUCCAAGAUCAAGCGGCUGGUGUACGGAGCGCAAGCAGAAGCAGCACUGGCUAUUGGAUUUGACGACUUUAUUGCUGACGCCAUCCGAGGCACGGCCUACUAUCAGAAAGCGAGCCUGCAGAUCCAGAAGGCAGAGGGGCACGUGGCCGCUGCUGCAGAGGAAGUGUUUGAAAACACGAAGUCCAAGUUCCAAAUGUAUUGAAGUCAUUGCCAGAUGUUCCACGACAAAGCGACCAAAACAACAUCAAUGAGAUCUAGAUCUAUCCUGCUCCAUCUUGCCCGUUUCAUUAAUAUGUUCAUAUCUGUUUUCUUCUGUUUAUGAGUCGAGUUUCAAUUGUGAAUAUAUAUGUGAUGUUGGA